GAUUUUCUGAGUUUUACAACACCAAGAGAGGAGGCAGUCAUCCACCAACAGGUCUUAAUUUGAAGCACAUUCAGUAAAGAAGGGGAAGGACUACUAAUUGUUCUUUGAGGAAUCAAGGGCCAUGGUGCUAAUGGCACGCCAUCUCCUGCUGCUGGUCUUAUGGGUUUGCAUAGUUGAUGGUGACCAGACCAAACCAACCCAACCACCUCUGAUACCUCAUAAGCCUUUUGUUGUAGUCUGGAAUGCUCCCACUGAGUCAUGUCGGCUUCGAUUCAAGGUGGACUUGGACCUUAGCAUUUUUGAUAUUGUAGCAAACCUCAAUGAAACUCUAAGUGGACCAAAUGUCACCAUCUUCUACCACAGCCGUCUGGGAUACUACCCAUACUACUCGAACUCUGGGAUCCCAAUAAAUGGUGGCCUGCCGCAGAACCAAAGCAUCUCCAAACAUCUUGGAAAAGCCCGGGCUGACAUUGACAAGUUGAUCCCCCACAAAGAUUUCCGAGGUUUAGGCGUCAUUGACUGGGAGAACUGGAGGCCUCAGUGGGUCAGAAACUGGGGCUCUAAAGACAUCUACCGCAAAAGGUCCAGGGAACAGAUCCGAAAACUUCACCCAAAUUGGCCAGAGAGCAAAGUUGAAAAGGAAGCGAAGGAAGGCUUUGAGAGAGCUGGACAAGCUUUCAUGAAUCUGACCUUGGCACUGGCUCAAGGUCGCAGACCAGGUGGACUGUGGGGGUUUUAUCUGUUUCCAGACUGCUACAACUAUGGCUACAAACAACAUCCACAACAUUACACUGGGGAAUGUCCAAAUGUUGAACAUGUUCGCAAUGACCAUCUGAUAUGGCUCUGGAAGGAGAGCACAGCCCUCUAUCCAUCCAUCUACCUAGACUAUGAGCUAAAGUCCUCCUCUAACACAGUCAAGUUUGUCCAUUAUCGAGUCAAGGAAGCUAUGAGGAUUGCAUCCAUUGCACGUGCGGAUUUCACAUUGCCUGUGUUUGUCUACUCCCGACCAUUCUAUGCCUACACCUUUGUAGUUCUGUCAGAGAGUGACCUGAUUCAUACUAUUGGGGAAAGCGCUGCCUUGGGAGCAUCAGGUGUCGUCCUUUGGGGAUCCUCAGAGUAUGCUCAAUCACAGAGAAACUGCCUAACGGUGAAGAAGUACAUCAAUGGUCCUCUGGGACAUUAUGUCAUCAAUGUCACAUCAGCAGCUAAGCUGUGCAGCAAAGCAUUGUGCAAAAAGAACGGUAGAUGCAUCCGUAAGAGCCUGGACUCAGACACUUACCUACACCUGAACCCACGCUUCUUCCACAUCCACCACAACUCAGCUCCCAGCGGCCCUCGCUUUCACAUCAGUGGCCACCUAAACAACCACGACAUCCUGGAUAUGAAGCAAAAGUUUACCUGCCAGUGCUACCAGGGCUGGACAGGUGUUUACUGUGAGGUACCUCAGACUAUGCCACCUCUUCCUCUUCCUCCCCCACUCCAACCCACUGUGCCGGUACUUCGCCCUCAGGGGAUCAAUCUGCUGGGAGACAUCCUGCUCCUCCUGUCACUCCAUUUCUUCUGUCUAUGUGUCAUCAUAUUCCUGGGACUUUGUUUGAUUAUCAAGUCUCUCAUAUUGUAGACACAAAGAUUUUAUUUAGGACCAGAGAAUUGCUGUAAAGUCUUUGCCAGACCACAAGUGUGAUCAGCCACAGUUCAUGCCAAUGUCCCCUAGUUGAAGAAAACUGUUUGUAUUGAAAGAAUGAGAAAAUCUCAGAUUUGGCCUAUAAAUGCAAAACUCAGUCUGAUCGUGGUCUGAUCCAGGCAACAAUGUUUGUCUCUGUGUUAAAGUUCAGUUCAGGAAAAAUGUACAUUGCGGUUUUAUUUAUGUCACAAAUUGCAAAUUUAGAUUCCCAUAAUGUUCCCACUAAACAAUAUUUUUGAGUUUUUGUUUUUUGGUCUUUGUUUUUAGUUUUACCUGACUGUUGGCUGCUGACCAGCAUUCAUUUCAAUUCAGUUUGAUUUAUAUAAUCCCAAACCACAAAAAUGUUGCCUCAAGGUGCUCUUACUUUCCAUUUGAAGGGAAAAUGAUGACAAUCUGGGAGGAGAGAAAUAUAAAAAUUCUGUAAUCCAUAUAGGCUUUUCUAAAUUCAGUGGAUUGGGCUUAAACUUUUUCUGUAUGAUGAAUUUAAGUUGCUGGUUUUCAGGAACUUUAUUGUCACUAACUCCAUA